AUGAGGCCGCUGGCGUCGUGUAACGCCCGGACAAGUCGGUUAAUACGCCUACCAUCUGUCAAGGUGUUCCCUCCCCGGCCACGCUGGGUGCAACGGCACCAACACACAGCCUCGGAAAGCCGCCUGCCUCGUCUGGCACAACCUGGAUUCUGGGACUUGAUCAUUCCCAAGUCGCUUCGCGGUCAUUUCACCAGGCCGGGGAGCGCUGCCCCAGAAAAGCCGACGAACCCGGCAACGUUCUUUAUCUGGAUCUAUAUUCUGAUCGGCUCUCAGGCCAUUCGCAUCAUGAGCCUCAAGAACGAAUUCAUGGCCUACUCUCGUAAGGCCGACGUCAAGAUACAGCAGCUCAGGGAGGUUGUCGAGAAGCUUCAACGCGGCGAAGAAGUGGACGUGGAAAAGAUCCUGGGUACCGGCGACGAGACACAAGAACGUGAAUGGGAAGAGGCAUUAGAAGAACUUCAAAGAGAGGACAGAGUAUGGCAGGAAAACAGAGAAAGAAGCCGGGAAGACAAAGAGCGCCUCGCCAGAAAGGAACAAGACGCAAACCCCGUCAACGAUGCUCAGGACAGACCCGAUACAACGAAUCCGUUGCCCUCGCCAGACGUUCCUCUGGUUGCACGGCGCCCUGAGUUUUACUGA